AUGCGGCUUAGCACAUCUGGCCUCCAUGCCGCCUCGCGUUGUAUCAAGCGGCCGGCAGGCUUGUCUCCCUCGAUGGUCGGAAUGACUCGGACGUUUGCAACACACACCAAACGUACAACAAUUGGAAAGUCCAUCGCCUCGCUCAGAUUGUCUGACGUAAAUACUCGCCGUGUAUUCCACAGCUCCCGCAUAGCAUCGGCUUCCCAAAAGGACCCAUAUCAAGUUCUCGGUGUUAAGAAGGAUGCGACUGCGGCCGAUAUUAAAAAAGCAUACUUUGCGCUCGCUCGUAAAUACCAUCCAGAUACAAAUAAAGAGACAUCGGCGAAAGAUAAAUUUAUUGAUAUACAAAGCGCUUAUGAGAUACUCGGUGAUACCGAAAAACGCGCCGCAUACGAUCAAUAUGGCUCUGCAUCUCAGCAACAGGGUUUUGAUCCAAAUGCCUUUGCAGGUGCUCGUGGGCCUUUUGGGGGUGGUGGAUUUGGAGGUUUCCAGGAUUUCGGGGGUGCAUUCGGCGCCGGCACGGGUCGUUCACAAGCCGAUGUCUUUGAGACGCUCUUUGGCUCGGCGUUUGGAGGAGUCAGGGGCAACAGGCGAGCUGGGUUUCAGGAAAACAUUAGGGGGAACGAUAUUGAGACUUCUGUGGGCAUCGAGUUCCUGGAGGCGUGUCAUGGGACAAGCAGAACCAUAAACGUUACCCCCGUGGUCGACUGUAAACCCUGUUCUGCUAGUGGCCUCAAACCGGGAGCGAAACGUUCGACGUGUGGCUCGUGUCGCGGCACUGGUACUCGCACGUUUGUGAUUCAAAGUGGGUUCCAGAUGGCCAGCACAUGUACAGAGUGCGGUGGAACUGGAACCACUGUACCCAAAGGGAGCCAAUGCAGUGACUGUGGGGGGUUAGGGAAAGUCAGAAUAAGGAAAACCGUCAAGGUGGAUGUGCCUGCCGGCAUCGAGGAUGGCAUGAGCGUGCGGGUUAGUGGGGCCGGGGAUGCUCCCACAUCCGGAACCGGCAGUCCUGGAGACCUCUUGGUCCGAAUUAACGUUGCACCAUCCAAAGUAUUCCGCAGGCAAGGUGUCAACAUACAUCACGAUGCACGAAUACCAUUGCACACUGCCCUGCUCGGGGGCAAGGUCCGGGUUCCGACACUUGAUGGCGAAGUCGAAGUUCGCGUUCCCGGGGGUACACAACAGGGCCAGGAAUGCGUUCUCAAAGGAAGAGGUGUGCCCGCACUUUAUGGCAGUGAGAAAGGAGAUUUGUUCGUAUCGUUUGCCAUACAAAUACCUCGGACGCUCACCCAACGCCAACGUCAAAUUCUCCAACAAUACGCAGAUGACGUGGAAGGCCGGUCCAGUCCUCAAGAUCAGACGACCAACACAACCGGGUCCGGUUCCUCACGUGAACCUUCGGCUGGGAAACAAGAUGGUACGGAAAUAUUUUCAUCUUCAUCUUCAUCACCAGACCCCAUUCCCGAUCUUGCCGGAAGUGGAUGGUUAUCUCGUUCUCUGUCCAAAUUGAAGCAACUUAUUGGGACUGGGAGUUGA